UAUCCUUGAAGACAAUGUUGUACACACUAAGAAGACCACCAAAGCACUUUGAGGAUUUGGUUGCUUAUCAUUUUCGCAACCGUGCUCAUGAUAUUCUGGUAGCUUGUAAAGCAUAUAUGGAGGGAGCUGUGGUAGGAACUGUGGUGGUCAAAGACGGAGUCAUAGAAGGUGGUAAAGUUGAGAAGGGUGGCUCAAACCUCUUUAAAACCAAAGUAGGUCAGAUGAUGAAUAUUCUCAUUACUAACUUCACCAAAAACGGGUCCACAGGUUGUGAACAGUUUCGGACUAUCAGUUAGACCGUAAUAGAUAAGCUGAUAGCAUAGUGGGCAGUUGAUCUGAAGAUAUUUGGGGUUGCAAGGUGAUGCCUUAGCUGACAUGAAGCCUGUGCCUUUCAAGUACAUUUAAGUUAAUGCAAUUUUGACAAAAUGGAUUGAACCUGUGGAACUUUCACCCUAGUAUAUAUAUUAUAUUAUCUUUUGCA